AUGGCGGAGUCGUGGCGGCAGCGGCGGCGGAGGCGGAAGUGUGCUCCCCGCAGUUUCCUGGGAAGUGGAAAGCUCUCUGGCGGAGGCGGCGGCGGAUUCGGAGGCAGCGGCAGCGGGGUGGGAGGAUUUGGAGGAUUCGGAGGCAGCGGUAGCGGGGCUGGAGGAUUCGGAGGCAGCGGAUUUGGCAGCGGCAGUGGAGGCGGGUGGAGGCAUUCGGAGCGAGGCAGCGGUAGCGGGCUGGAGGAUUCGGAGGCAGCGGCGGCUUUCGGAGGCAGCGGAUUUCAGCGGCGGCGGAGGGCAGCAGCCGUGGAAGCGGUGGCGGCUACGGAAAAUGAAGUGACGUGCUCGGGCGUAAGCCAUCCUGACUGA